UCCAUCUAACAGUCUUCUCUCUCACUCGUUUUGUCCGCUUUCUUUAAAGCUACGAUUCCUCACCGGUUUCUGCUUCUAUUCUCUGAUCAAUGUUGGAUUUUUGCGAUUAUUAAAUGAGAAAAUCUAUUCGGUUUGUGAUUCUUUGCUCAGAUUUAUGUUUCUUUUUGUGAAGGAGAGAAGAACAAAUUGUAUAGCCUUAUCUUUCCGGAGAUUAAAGUGCCGUUGCCUAAGGCAAUUCAAGUUGAUUCUAUGAUUUCCUUCUAGGGUUUCUUCUGCUGCAUCUUUGCAGAUUCUGAAGGAAUCCGUUAUCCUUUCUGGGUUUGAAUUUAUAUUUCAAGUAAUUCUUAUUGGGUUUGGGGUUUGUUGAAUUGAAGAAAUUUGGGUUUGGCACCGGUGGUGUUGAAUCCAGCGGAGCAAUGACGUAUAAAAGCGAUGACACUAUGACUCCGGAGCUGAAGCUGCAAACGGUUGAUGGAAAUGGGGAUUAUGUGAGACUGGGUUGCUUCAAUGAUCGUGAAGUCGGGGAGUUCGGAGGGGAGCCUCCAUGUCCUAGGAACGGAAGGUUUCUCUGGUGGUGGGUGAAGGUGGUUUGCUUUUGCGUUUUCUUGGUGGCGCUUGCCGUUGUUGGUAUCAUCUGGGUUGCACCUAUUGUCUUGAAUAAGGAGGUUAUACCAGUCCUAAAUUGGGAGAUGAACACAUUCAGCACACCAGUACUUGCGGUUGUACUCUUUGUUUCUGUGGCAUUAUUUCCUGCACUAUUGUUGCCCUCUACACCUGCUAUGUGGGUCGCUGGAAUGACUUUUGGUUAUGGAUAUGGGUUCUUACUAAUUAUGGCAGGAGCCUCUGUGGGUGUGUCAUUGCCAUAUUUCAUUGGUUCUUGCUUUCGUCAUAAAAUCUAUCGGUGGUUGGAGAGAUGGUCAAAGAAAGCAGCCUUUAUUAAAUUAGCUGGUGAAGGAAAUUGGUUCCAUCAGUUUCGAGCUGUGACCUUACUUAGGAUUUCUCCAUUUCCGUACAUUAUAUUUAAUUAUGCUGCUGUUGCAACAAAUGUCAAGUAUGGUCCUUACAUCUUGGGGUCGUUGGUAGGAAUGGUGCCCGAAGUUUUCGUUACUAUCUACAGUGGCAUUCUAAUACGGACGUUGGCUGAGGCAUCCCAGGACCAGAGGUCCCUUUCAGCACAGCAGACCAUCUUCAAUGUCAUUGGCUUCUGUUUUACGGUGGUUACUACCAUAAUUAUCACAGUUUAUGCCAAGAGGAAGCUGAAGGAACUGCAGGAGGAAGAAGAUCUACUAUUGGAGUAGGAGGCCUGACUCGACUUUGAAAGAAUUUCUUCCUUUGGGGCUUGGUUCAAUUUAAGCUGUGUAGCUAAACUAGUUCCAGGCACUUGCUGGUCUAUUUUGUUUUUUCCAUCACCGAGCUUGGCCACUCAAGCGGUAUCAUCAAUUUUCGACAUGGAUGAUGCAGGGUAAACCACAAUAGCCUGCUGGGAGAAGGCAUACAAUGUUUUAUUGUAUAUAUACCAUAUUGUAGUAAACGUUCAAAGUGAACAUGGCUGACCUCUUCCAUCAAAGGAGUUGGAAAGUAAUGAACUUGUUAGGGCAUUCAAAGUUCCACACUGUAAUUCAAUGAAAAGAAGUUUUAUUGUA